CACAGGGUCUGUUCCCCGGUGCAAUGGAGCGGGUGUUGGCAGACGCGCUUCUGGCGCAGAGCCGGGAGCCCUGUGCGUUGCUGGGGGCACUGUGCGGUGGGGAGGCGAGUGCAGAGCGGGUGGAGACCCUGCGCCUGGUGCUGCAACGGCUGGAGGAGCGCGAUGUGGGCGUCAGCGGGCUCGCCGAGGCGGCACACGAGGUGGCCAAGGGCUACCUGGUGCCCUUACUGCACGCGUCCCCGGGCGGAGGGCCUGCGAGGCCCCGCGUGCUCCGAGCGGCGAGCGCGGCGCUGCGUUCCUGCGCGCGCCUGGCGGGCCCCGAGCUGGCGGUCGCGCUGGCCGAGGACGCGCUGCGCGAGCUGCCGGACGCUUCGGCCGCGGAGCUGCUGGCCGCGACAGCGCCGUGUCUGCGCGCACUCGAGGAUGCCCCGCUGUUGCGUCGCCUGGCGCGCGCGGCCGUGGAGCUGGCGCUGGCCGGGGACGCGCCGCCGGCGGUGGGCACGCGCCUGCUGCCCGCGCUGGCACAGAGCGCAGAACCGGCCCUACGGGCGGCGUGGGACGCGCUGGGCUCCGCGGGGCUCGGAGCUGAGAGCCGCACUGGGCCAGAGCUGCUGGUGCUGAGCGCACUGGCCGAGAAGCUGCUGCCCGACCGUGCGGGCCGUGCGGAUCUGGACGCUCGCCUCUGCGGCCGCUUCUGGAGAACCAUACAGGCGGGUCUGGGCCGCGGGCAGGACGCGCUCACGCGCAAGCGAGCGCGCUACCUGCUGCAGAAGGCUGUACAGGUGUCUGCAGAGUUGGCGGUGGACUGCAGCUGUGGCUCCCAGGACACAAAGGGUCCAAGCCUAUUCUGGUGGUCUGAGAAGAAAAAAGAUGAGCUUCUAAAGUUUUGGGAAAACUAUAUCCUGAUCAUGGAAGUUCUAGAGGGAAACCAGAUACAUGUCAUAAAGCCAGUCUUACCAAAGCUAAACAGUCUGUUUGAAUACGCAGUGUCAGAGGAAAAUGGCCGCUGGCUCUUUCACCCCUCCUGGCACACGAGCAUCUAUAAGAGGAUGUUCGAGAGCGAGAACAGAAUCCUGACCAAGGAAGGCGUGACCCACUUCUUGGAGCUGUAUGGCGGGAAAUCGCUUCCGUAUUCCCCGGAGCUCUCCGAGUUUAUCACUGGCCCACUGAUGGAUGCCCUCGCAGAGAGCUGUCUGUACAGCAGGUCCCCAGGGCAGCUGUUGGGAAGUGGCUCUCCUCUGGGCCUGAAGCUGCAGAAGUUUCUAGUCACUUAUGUUUCCAUUCUUGCAGAAGAAAUAAAGAGUCAUUUCCUCUUAAGGUUCAUCCAGAGGAUGGCAGAUAGACACUGGUGUGCCGUGCCAGUGUUGUUCCUCUCCAGGGCUUUGGCAAGCCUGCCCAGCUGUAAGGCGCUGGGUGGAGAUGGGCUUCUUGCCCUCAGGGAUGUUCUCCAGUGUACCAUGAUCACACACCAGGUCCUCCUGAGGGGAGCAGCUCAGGGCUAUCUUCUCCAGACCGCCAUGCAACUGGUGGAUGUGGAGAAGGUGUCUCUUUCUGAUGUCUCGGCUUUUCUCAUGUCUCUGAGACAAGAGGAGUCCUUGGCUCGUGGGACCGUGCUGUGGACAGAGCUCUGUGACUGGCUGCGUGUCAAUGAAAGAUCCUUCAGGCAGUCCUCGGUCGGUGGCUCCGAGGGACAGGAGACAUCAUUGAAUGCUUACGUGAAGAACCUAGUUGAGGAGUUUGUGAGGUCUCCCGGUUGGGAAAAAGAAAGCAAGUUCGUGCCAGACUCGCUGGAAGCGCGGCUGACUGCUCUGCUGGUCCUGUUGGCUGUGGACGUGGAGGGACUGAGGACCCGAUUCAGUGAAAAGCAGAGGACGCAGAAUGUGUUGAGGCUCUUCUUAGACCCCCUGCUGGACACCCUGGGGAGGCUCGGCACCCAUGCUUACAUGCCUCUGCUGAGGACUGACCGGUGCCUCCAGCUGCUGCUGAGGUUGCUGCACUCCUGUGUGCCGAGAGGUUCCAGUGCCCAAGAUGAUGAGGUAUCCAGUGUUCUCCAGGCCUCCAUCAUGUCUGCUGCAGAGAGCAUGGCUCAGUUUGUGCUCAGGAGGCUCACCAUGGACGAGCUGCAGAGUGUGGCAGAUCUGGACCGCUGCCAGCUGUACCUGAAGGUGUUGGCUGAGCUCACGCGUCUACAGGUGAAACUGGGCUGGAAAUCAGACAACCCCAUCAGCCGAGUUAUUUCCCCUUUGAAAAAUGCGUGUGUUCACCAUCUGCAGGAGGCUGAGGACGGGCAGGAGCCAACGCUGGGUCAUCAGGUGCAGAGAGUGGUCAGUAUGGCCACCCUGGCAGCUCUGUGUGAGGCUAUGGAAGAGCAUCCGGUGCUGCAGCCUCCUCCCCCGGAUGCUGGGCCUGUGGACAGGGUCCUGUCAGCUCUCCCACUCAAUCAGGUGCUGGAGAAGCCGCGAUCAGAAGAACAGGGCAGCGGGGUGCGUCUCACGGAGAAUGGCAGUGUUCCUGAAGAAUCACCUUCCCAGGGAUGGGGGAAAGUUGUCGCGCAGUAUCUGCACGACCAGUGGACCUGCCUCUCCUUCCUGCUGAGAAAGCACCGGCCUCUUACUCAAGCCGAGGAGGGUGACAGGCUGCAGUGUUUCUUUCCUGUGGCUGAGACGCCCGUGCAGACCCUGCAGUCGGCGCUGGCCGUCCUCACGGUUCUCCCUGCUAGCCGUGUCGUGCCUGUGUUCCGCUGCAUGGAGGUGCUGGUUCCCAAGCUUCUCACCUCUGAGGAGUCACUCUGCAUAGACGCUUUCGACAUGGCUUGGGAAAUUACGUCUUCCUCGAGCAACGCUCAGCUGACAUUCUGGCCUAACUUAAAAGCUUUUGUUCACUUUGUUUUCGAUAAUGAAAUUCUUACUAUUGCUGCAAAACCCAAGGGCCAGGCGUACUUCAAAAUAAAAGAGAUUAUGUACAAGAUAAUAGAAAUGUCUUCCAUAAAAGCAGGGGUCUUCAAUAUUCUGAUACGUCACUGCUGUCAGUCCUGGACAGCGGCUGCUUCCGGGGUGCCCCAGGGGCCAUUCGCCAGUGCUAAGGAUUACAGUGAACUUGUCCUGGAGGCUUGUGUGUUCGGAACAGUGUUUAGGCGUGACCAGAGACUUAUUCAGGAUGUCCAAACCUUCAUAGAAAACCUUGGACAAGGCUGUGCAGCAAACAUCAUCAUGGAGAACACUAAGAGAGAAGAUUAUUACGUGAGAAUCUGUGCUGUCAAAUUCUUGUGCCUGCUAGAUGGCUCUGACAUAUCCCACAAGUUGUUUUUAGAAUCUCUUGCCAUCAAGCUCUUGGAUAAGGAGGAGUCGACAUCCAGGUCCAGAGCUCGCUACCAUGAGAACUCCCUACAACACCGGGUGAAGAACCGAGUAUGGCAGACUCUGCUCGUCCUGUUCCCCAGAUUUGAUCAGACCUUCUUGAAUGGGAUUAUUGAUAAGAUUUUCCAUGCUGGCUUCACCAACAAUCAAGCAUCCAUAAAAUAUUUUAUUGAGUGGAUUAUUAUAUUGAUUCUUCACAAGUUCCCUCAGUUUCUUCCAAAGUUCUGGGCGUGUUUCUCUUACGGUGAAGAAAAACUUAAAACGAGCAUUUGUACAUUUUUAUCCGUUUUAUCACAUUUGGACACCAUCAUCCAGAACAUUCCAGAAAAGAAGCUGGUUCUGAAGCGAGCCCUCACCGUUGCCCUGCAGUGGUGUCUGAGUCACAACUUCAGCGUUCGGCUCUAUGCUCUGGUGGCUCUCAAGAAGGCCUGGCAUCUGUGUAAAGUGCUACAGUUUGAAGAAUGUGACGCCUGGAGCACAGUCAUCGAGUGCAGCCUCAGCCAGGCAGAAAACAUGCAUGGAGCAGGGAACGCCAGGAAGAAUUGGCAGCGCAUCCAGGACCAUUUCUUCUUCUCAGCAUUUCAUCCCCUGAGGGACUUCUGUCUGGAGACCAUAUUUUACACGCUCCCACGGCUCUCAGGUGUCACUGAAGAGGAGUGGAUCGCCUUGGAUAAGUUUGCCUGCUUCACAGACAUCCCUUCCAGUGAGGGGUCACCGUGGUUCCUGUCUGGGACUGCACUUGGUGACCUGAGUCCAGGAGACUGGUCCCAGCAGGACCGAGGUCCUACUUUGGGUGAAGCAGACAGCCAAUCAGAGUGGGCUGAUGUCCAGAAAAAAAUUAUCCCCUGGGGACACAGUGCUCUGGAGUCGGACCUGGAGCUUGUGCUCCAGGAUCGGGCCAGCAGGCUCGGAAAGUCUGUCAGUAGACUGAUUGUUGUGGCCUCACUCAUCGACAAGCCAACCAACUUAGGAGGGCUGUGCAGGACCUGUGAGGUGUUCGGGGCCGCAGUGCUUGUUGUUGGCAGUCUUCAGUGUGUGCGUGACAGACAGUUCCAGCACCUCAGUGUCUCUGCAGAGCAGUGGCUCCCUCUGGUGGAGGUGAGACCAUGCCAGCUGGUGGAUUAUCUGCAGCAGAAAAAGGCGGAAGGCUACACUGUCAUCGGUGUGGAGCAGACCACACAGAGCUCUGACCUGGCCCAGUACCACUUCCCUGAGAAGUCUCUGCUGCUGCUGGGAAAUGAGCGGGAAGGGAUCCCAGCCAACCUGAUCCAGCAGCUGGAUGUGUGUGUGGAGAUUCCACAGCAGGGCAUCAUCCGCUCACUAAAUGUGCAUGUGAGUGGGGCGCUGCUCAUCUGGGAGUACACCAGGCAGCAGCUGCUCGGGUGUGCAGGGCCACCAUCCUAAAGGCUGGCCCUUACCUGUAGUCUCUCAUGGUGCUAUGGAUGGUGUCUUGAACAGAACCUUCUGGGCUAGCAGAACCUUCUGAGAUGUCCUGGAAUUACCCGCAUCUCUCUAACCUUGCACAUCAAUGCCAAAACCUUUUCAUGUGCCUUAAAGCAUAUCAUUAUAUAUUGUCCCCACUUAGUUAACCCUUUUAAAUUGUGGAAUUUUAAAAAAUGAAUUUUAAGGUAUGUUCUUCUGAGAAACCGGCAUUGUCAGGGUGGCUGUG